AUGCAGCUUCUUCAAUCCUCCAUCCUUGCAGCUACCAUGGGCGCUGCGCUGGUCGCGGCUGUCCCAGUUCCUGAGCUUGAGACUCGCGGCUCUUGCACCUUCACCUCGGCCGACGCCGCCAAGUCGGGCAAGGCUUCCUGCACGGCCAUCACCCUCAGCAACAUUGCUGUUCCUGCCGGUGAGACCCUCGAUCUGACGGGACUUAAAGAGGGUACUACCGUCACCUUCGAGGGUGAAACUACCUUCGGCUACAAGGAGUGGGAGGGUCCUCUCAUUUCCGUGUCCGGAACCAAUAUCAAGGUCCAGCAGUCCACCGGUGCCAAGAUCAAUGGUGACGGUGCCCGUUGGUGGGAUGGAAAGGGUGGCAACGGUGGAAAGACCAAGCCCAAGUUCUUCUAUGCCCACAAGCUGGACUCUUCUUCCAUCACCGGUCUCAAGAUCUACAACACCCCCGUCCAGGGUUUCAGCAUCCAGUCUGACAACCUCAACAUCACUGGUGUGACCAUCGACAAUUCCGCAGGUACCAAGCUGGGCCACAACACCGACGCAUUUGAUAUCGGCUCCUCCACCUACAUCAACAUCGAUGGUGCCACCGUGUAUAACCAGGAUGACUGUCUCGCCAUCAACUCUGGACAGCACAUCACCUUCACCAACGGCCACUGCGAAGGUGGCCAUGGUCUCUCCAUCGGCUCCGUCGGCGGCCGCAAGGACAACACCGUCGAGGACGUGACCAUCUCCGGCUCCAAGGUCAUCAACUCCCAGAACGGCGUCCGCAUCAAGACCGUCUACGACACCACCGGCACCGUCUCCAACGUCAAGUUUCAGGACAUCACCCUCUCUGGCAUCACCGACUACGGUCUCGUCGUCCAGCAGGAUUACAAGAACGGUAGCCCCACCGGUAACCCCACCAACGGUGUCAAGGUUUCCGACAUCACCUUUGAGAAGGUCACCGGUACGGUCACCAGCGAUGCCACUGACAUCUACAUCCUCUGUGGGUCUGGCAGCUGCACUAACUGGACUUGGUCGGGUGUCUCUAUCACCGGUGGUAAGAAGAGCGAGAAAUGCAAGAAUAUCCCUACUGGUGCUUCUUGUUAA